GCACGCAGCGCCUCUAGUGAAUGGAUCCGAAAGUGGCGGCGUAGAAGGUAAACAAAGCAGCAUGUUCAUGCCGCGGACCUUGCUUUGCCGACUCUGCAAAUCCACCUGGACACUCCCUGUCUCUCGACUUCUGCACAGGGCCAUCCCGCCGACGCCCCACGACAUUUCUGUGGACAAGAGCAAGUUGCCGACGCCCACUAAGGUGGACCGGGACACGAUUUUGCAGCUCGAGAGAGUGGCUCUGGUCGAUUUUGCCACAGAGGAGGGCAUUCGGAGGCUGGAGGCGGCCAUCCAGUUGGCCGACACCAUCUCUGCAGUGGACACCAAAGGGGUGAAACCUUUGUACACUGUUCUAGAAAACAGGUCUCUUUAUUUGCAAGAAGAUAAAGUUUCGGACGGUCAUUGCAAGGAAGAAAUUCUGGCCAACGCCGCUGUGACUGAAGAGGAUUACUUUGUCGCUCCACCUGGAAACAUUCCUCUUGACCAGUCGGAAAAGUGACCUCAAAAUGCUGCGAUCUCUUCUCCAAAGUUGUUGCCAACAGAGGCUUAUUUUAUGUAGACAUUAUGCAGUUAAAAAGCCAAAAAUAGCAAAGAAAAACUUAAACUCUUUGGGGGCUUACCAGCGGAAAAUUGUCUUCAAUGCGGAUUCUAAAGAUGCAUCUGAAGAUUUAAAAGAGCUAGCGGAAUUUCUAACAAGGUGUUUGGAAAGAGGUGGUUUGCCUGCUGAGUUGAACUGCGAAUUUGGCAAGAAUACGCUGGCAGUUCAACAAGAAAAUACUGACAAUGUGGGAGUCUGCUACACUAUUACUUUGAAAGAAAAGACUCUCAAAGACGGUAUUCUGGAGCUUCGGGACAAAAGAACCACCCUUGCAGAACAAGUCCACGUGUCAAUGCUCAAGAGAUACAUCAAGAAGCUUGUGCAAUCUUAAAGCAAGCGUUUGGUGUUCCAACUUCCGCGAAUAUUGGGCAAAAAUCAAGCAGUGGUGCGCACACCUUGAUGGACAAGUACGUUUGGUAGAGGUUAAAUACUGCCAUUGUGACAGUGUAGUGCGGGAAGAGCAUGAAAAUCCAAUCGAGCGUGUUUGCCACGUCCACUAAUCCCAGCUCUGGCGUUUGCAAGAUCACGACGAUCAUGAAAGCGGCUACACCUGCAGAAUUUAAAAAAAAAACAUGUAACGUGACGAAAUAUAUGAUCCGAAAUAAAAUAUCUUAUCGAAUGUAA